GCUCUCACUUCAAUUCUUUUCUAUGGCCGGUUUUGGAUAUCCUAACUGCACACACACACCUCCCCAAUUGCAGAGAUGGACAUCCAUCCUAAAGCAAAUUCUCUUUGGCUCACCAUUUUCAAUCCAAAGGUUCUUGAAAGAAAACCGACCCUUUUCUUGAACCCACCACCUACUCCUUGAAGUUUAAUCAAAACAGCAACAUCAUAUCAAACAUCCUCCGUUCUCUUUCAGAAGGGAAAAAGAGAUUCCUUCCAUGCCCUACACCUUUUGCCUUUCAAAUAUUCCCUCAUUGUGUACAAAUAAAUGCCACCUAUUGAUUCUUCUUUUAUGCUCUCACCCUCUCCAUCCCUUGGCGUCUCAUCUCCUUCCUCUCGACAAUGGUUCCAGAGUUAGAGAAACCUCGAGUUACAGAGAUACAAGUCCGAAUGGAUUGUAAUGGAUGCGUGCAGAAGAUCAAGAAGGCACUGCAUGGAAUUAAUGGUAUAUAUGAUCUCUAUAUUGACAUCUCCCAACAGAAGUUGACAGUAAUUGGGUGGGCAGAUCCAGAAAAAAUAGUGAAAGCCAUUAGGAAAACUAGAAAGAUUGCCACUAUAUGUUCCCACACAGAGCCACCAGAUCAGACGGCUGCUCAGCCAACGGAACCACCACAACAACAACCUGAAGGUGGUGCACCACCACCACCAAACAACGAAGCAGCAAACCCUUCCCUAGCAGCUCCACCGGCUGAAUCAUCACAGCCAGCAGAGCCACCAAAAGACCCACCACCACCUGAGAAUCCACCACCAGAAGAGAAACCAUCACCGUCACCGUCACCUGUUGCUACAGAAUCCAAUGCAAACCAGCCUGCAGGCCCCGCACAAGCCCCUGGACCAAAAGAUGUAGGAGAGGUUCACGUCAUAUACCAUCACCCACCUGACUAUGGGUACAGAUAUAGCUAUGGUCAUAGUUAUGGUGGUCCGUGGAACAGAUACCCAAGCAGCCAUGAACUUCCACCAGAGCCCAGAUACCCUACUAGCCAUGGACUUCCACCAGAGCCUAGAUACCCAACUAGCCAUGGACUUCCAUCAGAGCCCAGAUACCCUACUAGCCAUGGACUUCCGCCAGAGCCUAGAUACCCAACUAGCCAUGGGCUUCCACCAGAGCCAAGAUACCCUAAUGGCCAUGGACUACCACGAGGACCACCACAGCCAAUCUACGUGACUCACAGCUACAACACAUACAGGCCAUCAGCAUAUGUCACAGAAUAUGAGUACAUCCGCUCUCCACCUCGCCACACAAUUUACAGUAGGAUGGAUCAUUACAGUGAGGAUUAUCAUGAAAAUACUCGCAAUGGAAACAUCACAUCCAUCUUCAGUGAUGAAAAUCCAAAUGCGUGUAGGAUAAUGUGAAACUUUCAGGAAGAUUGCAAGAGAAAUGGGGCACUGUCUUACGCCUCUGGAAAAGAUCAGAGAACGUGAUGGAGAAUAAAAAAAAAAAAAUCUGGCGGCACUAAGAUUUCCAAAUAAGAAUGAAAAUGUUUGAGGGAAGAAUGAGAUUCUAAGCUUGUAAUUGCCGGAAGAAUUGAUUCUGUAUUCCACUUCUGAUUGGGCUGAUAAUACAUACUGCCUGCUAUUAAA